AUGCAUAUUCACUUCCAACCCUUCGUUUUCUUCCUCCUCAUUGCGUCUACUGCAAAAUCAUUCCCCCAACAGACCGGCACCAUCACAGCAGACGCAACUCCAGCAAUCAUAACACCAGCCGCAAGACUCCAUUGCACAGGGGGACAAAUCGAGAUCCAUACAACAGACUGCACACUAGGAACAUCGGUUUCGUACUGCUCCAAGCCAGAAUCCCCAAUCCAAUGCCCACAGGGAUUUUAUCCAUCAGUAUGGCAUCCCGACCACUGCAUGCAGCAAUCAACCUGUUUCCCUCUUGAUGCUUCAUGGAUCACGACAGAGUGUUCGAACGGGGCGCUUGCCUAUGACACUUCGACUCUUUAUGCUGGGACACUUGCAGACGGACAGUCAACCAUCAUCAGUGCUGUUUCCUGCUCCUGUGCCGAAGAUCAAUGGUAUAGCAUGACUCUCCUUGAAGGCUCGACUACCUACGAUACCUUCUGCAUGCCCUCCAGCUACUGUCCACCUGGCAUGACGACCUCGGUUUCUAUUAAUGGUUAUUGUGUCACUGCCCCUGCAAGCAUGUGCUCUGACGUUCCUAUGGAGACUAAUUUCUGUAAAUGUGCCUAUGCGGGACAGACGCCUGUUUAUCCUGAGUAUCCCGGCGCUGUUCCAACUGGAUGUGAGUUUUGA